GAUCCAGGGCCGUGGAGCCAACCGUGGAUGAAGGGCUCCACCAGCAAGAGCGACGCGCAAACCACCGCAAGGGAUUGAUGCUUACUUUGCUGCUCUGGUUUUAGCCCUGCAAAAUUCAACCCUUAGCGUCUGUGUCUCUGUGCUUGUCUCCCCACCUCCAGUCAUCGUGGCCACCAUGAGAGAGCUGUGUGCUUGUGUGUUGAACAAUGUUCUACUAUCACUGCCUCCGGGCUCUCUUUUCCGAGGCUCUCAAGAGAGAUAUAAAACCAUGACGAUGAACUGACACUCCACCGCUAAUCUCCUCCACCAUGCCACCUCCAUAUCCCACCCCCGACCACUCGCAACCCCCCAGUCCGUCGAGGAAAAGCCCAUCUCGGGCCUGUCCUCAGCUGCCAUGUCUCGCCGAACCUCUACCUCGGAUCCCCAGCCCGGCAUUGGCAGCAGUCGUUUCGCUGCCACACCGGCCACGGGGGCGCAGACCCCGGACCCUCUUCUGGGCCCCAAAGUCGCUGUCCCCGCCGAUGUACUCAAGAAAUUCCCCCAGGCGAUCACUCGCCCUCGCGAUGAGAGCAGUGACGAUGAGGACGCCAUCGCGUUGUCUGCCACCGGUCCGCGGUUCCGCCGUCCCUCUGCGGUGGCAUACCCUGGCGACAAUGUUCACGCCGACGAAGCAGGCUCUCCACCCCCCGAGGCUUCGAAGGCUGCGCGGCAGGGCGUCCCUUCGGAAUUGUCCAGCUUUGCCGCGGAGCUCCUGCUGAUUGCCGUCUGCUCCGUCGGUUUGAUGCUCUUCUCCUUCCUCCUGGGAGACAUGCUCGCGCCGCAAAUCCAACUCCGCGCCGCCCUGGGUAUCAGCAACACCGAGCUCCCCUGGCUUGUCGGCGCCUUCAACGUGGCCAACGGUCUUUCGGUGGUCGUCUCCGGCUCGUUGACCGAUUUAACGCCUCCGCGACCCCUGAUGGUGGGCGCCUUCACCUGGCUCACGCUGUGGAACCUCAUUGGCGCCUUCUCCCUGUCGCCCUCGCGCCGCAUCCUCUUCUUCAUUGUGCGCGCCAUGCAGGGGCUCGCCAUCGGCGUGCUGGUCUCGGGCAGCAUGAGCAUUCUCGGCCGCGUGUACAAGCCCGGCGUCCGCAAGAAUCGGGUCUUCAGCGCCAUGGCCGCUUGCGCGCCCUUCGGCUUCUCGCUCGGAGCCAUCCAGGGCGGACUCCUGUUCCAUCAUCUCCCCUGGAUCUUUGGUUCGAACGCGAUGAUCACCGCGCUCUGUGCCGUGGCAGCCUUCUUCGCCAUCCCGCCACUGCGCCCGGUGGCGGACGUCGCCGGCACCGAAGCCCCCUCCCUGAAGCAGUUCGACUACCUGGGGGCCGGGUUCGCGGUGGGCGGCUGCGUGUGUCUGCUGUUUGGUCUCACGCAGGGCGGCGUGACCAACUGGUCGCCGUACACGAUCGCGUUGACGGUGCUGGGCAUUGUGCUGCUGGUGGGUUUGUUCAUCACCGAACGGCACGUGGCGCGGCCGUUGAUCCCCAACCGGCUCUGGUCGACCAAGGGCUUCACGCCGCUGAUGAUCGCGUACUUCCUGGGCUUCGGGUCGUUCUUCGGAGGCUGGCAGUUCUACGCGAUCCAAUUCUGGCUGCGCAUCCAGCACGCCACGCCGGUCGCCGUGGCGCUGUACCACAUCCCCAACGCCCUCGUCGGGGUGUUCGCCACCUGGGUCGUCAGUCGCACGCUACACCUCGUGCCGGGCCAUUAUAUCUACACCAUCUCCAUGUUCGCCUUCACCCUCGGUCCCGCCUUCUUCCUCCCCCAGACGGCCAACACCAUCUACUGGGCCCUCUCCUUCCCCGGCAUCGCCUUGGUGACCUUCGGCCCGGACCUGGCCUUCGCCGCCGCCUCGAUCUUCAUCACCAGCAACGUCGCCCGCUCGUACCAGGGCAGCGCCGGCAGUUUGCUGGUCACCAACCAGAACCUCAGCUCGGCCAUCCUAACCAGUGUGGCCGAUGCGAUCGGCACGCGCGUCGACAAGACCCCGGAGGGAGACGUGGGUCUGCAGGGUCUGCGCGCCAUCUGGUGGUUCGCGUUGGGCUGCCAGCUGGUGGCCGCUCUGAUCACCGUGACGUGUGUGCGGAUUCCGAAGGAGGAGGAGAAGGAGCAUGUUACCUGAGGUCUUGGUUCUUGGAUACUAACGUGGCUGCGUCGAUAAAUGAUUGACGAGGAUACAUAAUGAUAUACGAAUUGUUUGCCGUUGAUAAUCAGCCACGAUUUGCUUUUUGUUGUGUGUAUCCAUGCGAGUCUUGCUACUUCCGCAAACGCCCGUAGAUGCCGGAUACGCGGAUCAACGGAUGUGGCUGCAUUUGAAGUAUAUUGAACUGUCGGAACAGUAUCCGACUGACAACAAUGACC